UCCUGAUACCACUUGGCCUCACUGCAUACAUUGGCAGCAAAUAAUCAUAUUUCAUUGCCCAAGCCUUGCACUUUCAAAAUUGACUACACAGCUUCCAGUUGCUCUCUGCAUGAUGAAGCAAUGGGCAAGACUAUAUGACAAACCACUUAUGACACACCAAUCAGUAACUACACCCCAGGGACAGACUCUUACCAAGGUCAAUUUGAUAGCCAGUUUCCACAAAGAUGAAAAGAUCACUGCUGCGAGGGUGGUGCCUUCAUCAGUCUCGCCUCCUCUAAGUCCAAAUGAAACGGUCCCUCGACCAUUUCGAAGUGCCACAGACAGAGGCAUACUGCUUAAACGGCAUGAUCUUCCCUCGUGGACACCACUAGUUGCCUCGGAAAGCGAAGGCAGUACCGACGAGCUCCCUUCAGCUGUGGAGGAAGCUCCACCUUUGAAUGUCAGAAAAUCGCUGUCGCAUCGACGAGAAGCCCAGCAAGCAUCCAACCAUACUUCGGGUGUCUGCUCCGAGUCGAGGUAUUCCCGCGGCUCCCAAAGUUUGCAGGAGACACUGCAAGAAACAUUCUGCGCCAAUGGUUCAUACCGUAUCACGCCGCUAGUCACACCUAUUGACAGCGAGGGGAGCAGCACCGACGUGCCAACUGUGACUUAUAGCAGGCAGCGCCACCGAAUUCAACACACUCACAGAAGCACGAGUCAGCAAGGCUCUCAGGCUACCGCGGUGGUCGAUACUUUACUACCCAAUGCCACCACAGCGGUUCCAGACAGAGCUUCGCAAAAAGCUGCUCCCGCUAUCCGUUACGAGUCUGUGCAAAAAGUCAUUGAUACUGCAUUGGAUACUCGGGUAGCCAAAAUUACUUGGCGUCGUCGGCGUCAUACUGCAAGGUAUAGCACCAACCAAAAGUCGCAGGACGGGACUUCAAAGACGAAGUUCUUUCCCUUCGAAGACGCCGUUUUUGAUUUUGAUGUUCCGACCUCCGCACGUCAGGGAGACCACCACAGUGAAUUCAAGUCGUGGAAAGCUUUAGUCGAGGAUGAACACCGUGCCCUGCCACGCAAAUUUACGCGGAUCCAGGACCGCGAUCAAACUGCCAUUCUUCUACAACAAUCUAGCGGGGAGAAAUUCAAUGAACGAUUGGAUGCCAUGUUCGGGGGUGCAGAGAGACCUCACUCGCCCGACGGAUUGACCACUCGCGCAACUGCGGAUUCAGCAUCUGUCUUCGUGCCAGUGCGCGAGAUUGCGGCAGGCAAAGAGCCCAGCCCUAUCGGCGCGUGGGCGAGCGAUUCAGGAACAUCCGUUGAUACGUCACUCUCGCAAAGCACCAAAGCCACCAGUGUUUCUGGGCGCAACGAUGUCUCUCGAAAGAGGAGUUAUACGGAGAGCCACCUUGAGGAUGAACCUGUUCGAAAGAAAUAUAAGAUUCAGAUUGCCAAAGACCAGGUGUUCAAGUGGAUUGCAGCGUUACAACGACUUGUCAAAGGAAAGACGAAAUUUGACCACAAGGGCAUGGAGGAUUUAAGCGUAGUGUUGGCUGAGAUAGAGUCUGUGUAUCUACACCUGGACUCAGAACUUGCACCGGUCCCUUGUCUGCAAGACGUCUUGCAGCAGCUAUCGAAGUUGGAGGACAUUCCAUUCAGAGACGAACAUGACCUUCGCCGUCGUACAGACGACAUAAUCGCAGAGUGGCCGAGCCCCAAAGCCUAAGUGACAGAACCGAUAGAGAGAUUUGGAAUGGUUUUUGGUGCAUUGCGUACAUUACCUGGGGGCAAACUUUUAUACCAGGCAUUCAACACACAGCUUUUGGCGGCGUUAAUCGAACUCGUUAGUAGUUACUAAUUAGGUCUCAUAGUUGAUUGGGAUACCGGGCUCGUGUUCUUUCAUCCGUGCAAUAUUGGAGCAAUAAUACAGAAAUAUACCGU